CAGAAUCCAUCAUGGCGUCCGGUGCCAAAAUGGCACACAACUUUUAUCAGAACGGAAAAUAUGGCACUCUACCUCAGACAAACCCUAAGGAUGCCGAAAUCACUCAGGAUAUGCACCUUAAGAUGUCAAAGAAAAUCGCACAGCUUACCAAGGUUAUUUAUGCACUCAACACUAAAAAUGAUGAGCAUGAAGCAGUCAUUCAGAGUAUCAAAGAUCAUCAUGAAGAGGAAAUGCAACAACUUAUCACAGAAACAAGAGUCAAAUUGGAAAACUACCGCACCCGAAUGGGUGGGGACGUUGAACUCAAAAAGAAAAUCACAGCCUUGGAAGCACUUAAUGCAGAACACCAACAGCAGAAACAGCAAGCACUGGAAGAUUUUCAAAAUUUUAAAAGAAGAGCCGAAGAACGGGAAAUGCAAUUAAAAACUGAGGAGUCUCAGAAAGUCAUUCAGUUGUCUCAAGAGGUGCUAACUAUAAAGAAACAUUUUGAAGAGCAGCUGAGUAAAUUUGAUCAAGUAAAAGCUGACUUUGAGUCUAACCAAAGGACAGCUCUUGAAAAUCUGAAAAAGGUGCAUGCAAAAGAAUUGGAGGAUUUAAGAAAUGCGCAGAGUUCACAGCAAAGUGAUCUAUCAAAGGAAAGGGAAAGGUUAGAACAGCUAUACUCCCAACAAAUAGACCAGCUGAAAGGACAGAUAGAGGAGCUAAAUGGCGAUAAAAAGAAAAUAGCUGAUGACUAUGAGGAUAAGCUGAGCAAAGCUAAAGCAUUUUAUGACAAAGAGCUGGAUGUAUUGCGGAAUGCACAAAAUUCUGAUAUGGAAAGUCGGAUUUCAGAUCUGUUAGCUCAACAGAAUAAGAUAAAGAAAGACUUUGCUUACCAAGAAGGACAGUUUAAAAAGAGAAUUGAUGACUUAAUUGAACAACUUUCUCGGUCAGAGGAUGAAAUUGCAAAGCAAAAAGAACAGCUACAAAAUUAUGAAAAGAUGAUCCAAGACAGAAGCAGUGACUCUGAUACACUCAGUAGACAGUUGUCAGAUGCAAAGCAUGAGACAGCACAGGCCAUCACCAGAUUGAAAGAGGUUGAAGGAGAGCUAGCUGCUUCCAAGGAAAGAUGUUCAGAACAGGCAGCAGACAUGCUGAAAAAGUCAACCCUUCUUGGGCAGUUAGAGGCAACUAGACUUCAGAAUGAAGCAACCAUCAAAGACUUAGAAUCUCAGUUAUCAAAGCUAAAAGACAGGUCUGCAUGGCUGGAAAAGGAGAGAGAAGGUUUGCAAAACAAGACACUAAGUCAAGAGGAAGAGAAGAAUCACCAACUUAAAUCACUGGAGAGGUCCCUUGAAGAUUUGUCACUUGAGAAACAGGCUCUUAAAGAAAGGUAUGAGAGGGACCUUAAUAGUCUCGAGGAGUCCCAUGCCAAACGGGAAAAGGAACUUCAAAACAACCAUGAGGCUGAAAUGAUGGAGCUGAAAAAGAUGCACAAAGAGGAGUUGGAAAACCAGAGGAAAGCAUCUACAGAAAUGAUUACACAGUUGAAAAAGGAAAACCAGGAUAAAAUAGAAGCACUCCAAAAACAACAUAAUGAAGAGAUCACCUCCAUGAAAGCAGAAUAUGAAAGAGUACAGGGAGAUCUUAGUCAUAAAUUGAAGACUGCAGAAGAGGAGGUGAGGCGGCUUGAGAAACUGGUUAAAGAGAGUGAGCAAGGCCUGGGCUCUGCAUCCUCACAUAUUGACAGUUUGAAGGAAGCCAGUGAUAAACUAAAAGCAGAGCUGGAUAGCACCAAAGCCGAGCUCCGUGCAGUGUCAAACCAAAAGUCCAACCUACAGGCUGAGCUGGAGAAACUGAGAGCCAUGCAUGACACUAAGAUGAGGGAGGCACAGUUAGAAUUAAAGACAAAAUUGGAUCAACUCUCCAAAGAUUUGGAUGCAAAAUGGACAGACACUUUGAGGAAAGAGUGUUUGAAGCUGAGAUCUGAGUUAACUGAGCAGAAAGAGGAGGACAAGCGUGCAGCCUUACAGCAGCUAGCUAAGAUGAAGGAUGAAGAAAUAGCAGCAGCCAGAGAGGGCUGGGAGAGGAAAGUUACUCAGUUGCUGGAUGAGAUAUCUAUGCUCAAAAGGAAUAUAGAUGCCAAAUCCAGUGAGUCUUCAGAACUCCUAGCUGAUCUUAAACAGAAGGCAGCUGCCGAGGAAAAGCGUCUGAGGGACCAAAUGAAUGAGGCAGCAGAUGAGUAUGCUAAGAAGGUUGAAGCUCUAGAGAGAAUUCAUGCUGAGAAGAUCAAAAAUCUUGAAGCUCAAAGAAUCAAGGAAGUUGAGGAAAUGGAGAGGACUCUUACAUCUAAGCACAUGGAAGAAAUGAGCAAUACUAUAAAGGCACAGAAGGCCCUGAUUGAAUCAGUGAAAGAUCAGGCGGAUAAACAGAGAGAUCAGGACCUGGAAACACAGCAUAAGAUUCACUUGUCAGAAAAAGAAACACUGAAGUCAGAGCUUGCUCACAGACAUGCAAUGGAGUUGGAGCAAAUGAACAAGGCUCACAAUACACAGAUGAAUGCUGCCAGAAUGGAGCUUGAAAGAGCCAUAGAGCUUUCAAAACAAAAGGAAAGAGACUUUGAAAUUAGGUCUACUGAACUUCAAGAGGAGGUGCGGCACAGGGAAAAACACAUAUCCAAUUUGGAAGCGGAGAUAAGGCAGGUUCAAGAAGGCUUGGACCAGAUGAGGAGAGAGGUAGAAUUCAAAGGCAAAGAGAUACUCAAGAUCAGGAGUGAAGCAAACCAGCAACUUAGAAAACGUGAAGAACAACUUGCUCAGCAGCAUGAAGAGCAAGUCAACAGUUUGUCUGCAGAUCAUCUAAGGGAGACUCAAGACAUGCUGGGAGAAUUCAACAGGGCACAGGAUUUGCUCAAGGACAAGAUUUCUGCACUGCAAAUCAUGCUCGAAGAAGCAGAAGAUAACUACAGGAACAGGGAGUCAAGACCAGAAGAUUUGGAAAUGAUAAAACAGUUGCAAAAGGCCCUCGAAGAUAGGGAGGAGUACAUGAAAAGACUGGAAGAUGAGAAGAAAUAUUAUCAGUUGGAAUUGGUCAAUAGAGAAACCAACUUCAACAAAGUGUUUAAUACACAGCCUAAUGUAGGGGUCCUCAAUCCAUUUAUGAAGCCAAAGAAGAAAGGAGACAAAGGCCCCACCAAAUACACCAGCUCACCUUCCCUAAACAGACUCCAACCCCUUCCUGGCUCCCCUGUCCACGAGGAAAAGUUGAAUCCCAUCAAACCACUUCCACCAACUGCAGUCAAGAAGUUUAUGGUUUAAUAUUGGACUGGUUGAAAAUCUUUAUAAUGUAAAGAAGUGUCUAUGAUUAACAUGAGAAUUGAUCAGUAGUCCUCA